CAAUGUUGAAUAAAAUAUUUUGAUUCUUGAUGUUUGUAUACUACCUGUAACUUUCAAAAAAAAACAUAAACAUGGUUUUCACAACCUAAAGACAGCAUUUAUAAAAAAGAAUGGUGUAUUUUAUUCAAUUAGACAGAAACUCAUUUUUUUUACAGCUCCUAAUAGAUACCAGAUUGUUAGUGUUUUCGUGCGACAGAGAUAACGCUUUACAAAACCGAAAUUAGCCGGUUGUCUCUUUCAAAGGUCGAUAUUUAUCGCCGGGUAGGCUAGGUAGGUACUAUAAGUUUGACGUUCGAUUUAAAUAUCUGUAUUGCUAAUUUACCUGUACGUAUUGGUAAAAUUUUAAAAUAAAGAUUACAUUAUUGUCUCAUAAUCUUAAAACUCGAACGACGGACUGUCACACUGCUUUUGAAGUUGCAUUAUUUCACCAGUUGGCGCUGACAAGUCUAUGGAAUCGAAAAGCGAAAACAAUAAACAUUGUUCCUUUACAAAUUAGUUUAACUAAAAAUCCUUUUGAGAAUGGCAAAUGAAGUUGCAUUAAAAAAUGUAGACAGUGCGUGUGAAACUGCAGAAGAAUUUACAAGAGUAUUCUACAAACAAGUAGAUAAUAGUAGACAUUUAACCUCAAAGUUGUACCUAGACACAGGACUAUUGGUUUGGAAUGGGAAUGGAAUUAAUGGAAAUGAUAAAAUCCAAAAGUUUCUUAUGGAUUUGCCUGCUAGCAAUCAUGUCUUAAAAACUUUAGACGCCCAACCGAUAUCGGAAAAUUUAGUAGCAAAUAGACUGACUUACCUCAUUCAAGCUUGUGGAGACGUCACAUACCAAAACGACGAUGUUAAAAAACCAUUUCAACAAUCAUUUCUUAUAGUUGCUGUUGAAGGUAAAUGGAAAAUAGCAUCAGAUUGUUUUAGACUCCAAGUACCACAUAGUUCUUAAGUUUAUUAUUGUUUUAAGAUUUGAAUAAAAUUGGUGUAAUAAAAAAUGUAUUAUUAU